AUGACUCGAUUGACUAACAGUCUCGUUGGAACUACCGCAGCCACCUCGGCUGUUCUGAUCGUCGUCGCCGUGUUCUCCGUGGGCUAUGUGGUUAACGACCUCAACAACUUCUAUAGCGAUUCUGUACAGAGGAUUGAAGAAUUCAAGAGUGUUGCUGACGAUGCAUGGGAGAAGAUGAUCCAAAUAGACGGAGGAGCGCGAUUUGCUCGUCAAGCUUACGGUGACAGUGGAGUGGAUAAUGAACCCGAAGUCACGAAACCGACUAAUGGACCGCAGCCAGACUCUUGCCCAGUAGGCCCUCCAGGUCCACCUGGAGCUCCGGGAGAGCCCGGAGCCGAUGGAGAUAGAGGACAAGACGGCAACCCUGGUGUUGAUGGUACCGGCUCCGCAACCAUAGACGCAUACACUCAAGAAUGCACCGUUUGUCCUGCUGGUCCCCCAGGACCACCUGGACCCGAUGGACAUCCAGGAAGCCCCGGCCCUGACGGAAAUCCCGGCACCGUUGGUGAAGCUGCACACGAUGGAACUCCAGGGGAACCAGGGCCUAGUGGAGAUC